AUUCACACACAGGCGGGUUGGAAUACGGCAGGGCAAAAAAACGUGGAUCGACAAUGAAUGUCUUAAAUAUAAAGUAAUAUGAACGAAUUAAUUUCGAAAUAUGCUGCUGGAUGCUCGGUCAAACAGAUCGCGGAUAUCUAUCAUCUACUUGUACUGAGAUAAAGCCGCUGACAUGUUUUUGGCAGCUUGUUCAAAGAGCUGGUUCAGCUGUGCUAAAGGACACAUACACAGACUGAGCGCCAGCACUGCUGCCACCUGCCACUCCGGCUGCAACUACAGAAGACCUGCGAACGUACAGCUGAAAAACACUAAAGCAGAAGUCAGAUGGCUCCAGAGGCUGAAAACCAGAUGCUGGACCAACUCACAUCUGGCCUGUGACUCCUAUGGACCACAAGUGGACCUUUAUAGAGAAGUCAGUCAGAGAGCAGACCCUCCCACCUCAGUUAUAUGUAGAUCUAAACUACAGAAGCUUCACCACAGGCUUCAUCUGCCAGUGUCGAGCAGUAGUUUUAGUGCUGCUGUCAGUCUGUAUGGUUCAAAUGGGUUUUGUACUGAUGCAUCUAGAAAGCCAGUUUUGGAAGAGAAAUGUUCUAAACAGGAUUCAAGGGAAAAGGAGGAAGUUCAAGGACAAGGAGCCUCUUCCCCUCCAGCUAAUGAGGGACACUUCCAGUUUAAAGAACUGUAUGAGAAUCCAUGGACGAUCCCUAAUUACCUCUGUAUAGCCCGGAUCGUUCUGUCUCCUCUCCUGGGAUACUUAAUCAUUGAGCAGCACUUCCACGCCUCUCUGGGGCUUUUUGUACUGGCCGGAGCAACAGACUUGUUGGACGGCUACAUCGCUCGUAACUGGCCCAAUCAGAAGUCGGCUCUGGGCAGUGCUCUGGAUCCAUUGGCUGAUAAGAUUCUCAUCAGCGUUCUUUACGUCAGUCUGACAUAUGCACAACUCAUCCCAGCUCCACUGACAGCACUGAUCAUAUCCAGAGAUGUAGCACUGAUCGCUGCGGUUUUCUAUGUGCGCUACAAAACUGUUCCUCCUCCAGUAACACUCAGUAAAUUCUUCAACCCCUGUUACACCACUGCCCGGCUCAAACCAACACUCAUCAGCAAGAUCAACACGGCAGUGCAGUUGUUUCUGGUGGCGGCGUCUCUGGCGGCGCCGGUGUUUCACUACACAGACAGUGUUUUUCUGCAGUCACUGUGGUACAUUACCGCACUGACGACCACAGUAUCUGCUUACAGCUACUAUCAUUACGGUAAAAAGACCGUUGAGGUUCUGAACAAAACACAGUAGUCGUACAGUCAUCGGCACAGCUGGGAUUUGACCUUUGACACAUACAUUUGGGAAUCCUUGAAAUAAUCAGUGAUUGUGCAUAAUGGAAAUGAAUGCCACGGUCUUACUCUUGUAACUGAGGCACUUUAGUCUGUAUAAAGUCAAAUAUUAUUUUGAUUACAAUAUUGAAUUCAUGUGGUGUCACUUCUGAUCAAGAUAUGAUUUUCAUCUCCACAGGAAACAUUUUUAAAAUCAUUUUAAUGAACUGUGGGUCAGUUUUGAAAAUAAAAAAAAAUAG